UCUCGCUGUCCCUCUCUCGCUGUCCCUCUCUCACUGUCCCUCUCUCGCUGUCUCUCUCUUUCUCUUCCUCACUCCCUCACUUAAUGCAAGUCUCUGGUGUUUGGUUACACUAAAGAAAAUGUAUGACUAUCAUGAAUAGAGUGUCACGCUGUAUUUUUAUACCUGUAUAGGUAAACACAUAUCUGCAAUGUUAAUAACAGAGAAAGAAAGCUGAAAAUGUCCUUGCUUUUAUUUGAUGGAGUUGGAGGUUUUUAAUUCAUUUGGGUCUAUUGUGUUUCAUGUGUGCAAAAUAAAUCUAAUAAACGGUGAAGAUUCCAAUUGGCCCUGAUGUUCUUUUAAAAAAAUAUCACCUAUCAAUGUCUUCAUUAUCCCCCAAACCCCAUAUUGACUAAUGAUAUUACACAACCUAACAUGUUUACCCAUACAACAGAUAUGGAAAAUCCCACAUGAAGGACUAAGCUGUCAGGAAAUCACACUGAGGCCCUACACGGGUACGGGGGCAUUCAGCCACACCCUAUGGGGCUUGGUUAAAAGUAGUGCACUUUUAUAGGGAACAUGGUGCCUUCUGGGAAAUGUGAGAGUAUCUAUACGGAAAGAACAUGAUCAACGGUGAUGUUGAAAACUUUUACAACAUUAUUAAUGUGUUGGUAAGAGGAGUAGGCAGAGUUGUGGUCAACUUAUUGAGAAAUAGCUAUAAGGGUUGUGUCCACUAUUCCCUACUAUUUUUCUAAAGGAUCCCUGGUCAAAAGCAGUGCACUAUGUAGGUGAUAGGGUGCUAUUUGGGACACAUUCUGCAUGUGGUGUAGCUGUAGUCUACCAUUGUCCAGGAAGUGUUUUGGCUAGAACACAGGAAGUGUUCCCUGGUCCUGGUUGUUUGAAUGUAAUUGUUGUUGAGGCAGCGUAGAGGAAGGAACUCUUCAGGAAUUUCCUUUAAAAGAGGAAAGUGUUCUUUUCCUUUGUGAAAGCAAAAUAUUUGUCAGCUAAAGAGGAGGACAUGGGGGGGGGGGGACUAAAACGCAACAGAAUAUUUCAUUGGAGAGUUGUAGUAGUUUGUAGUAGUACUGGUUUACAAGACUUUUAGAGACUUCCAGAUAUCAAAUAGUAGGAAUAGAGGAAUAUAAGAUCGACUGGAUGCAAUAACCAGCAGGAUUCCUUUGACAGGAUGAGCUCCAACGGCUCGGAUGAGUUCUUCCAGGCUACAAACCAUGCGGAACAGACCUUUCGCAAGAUGGAGACUUAUCUUCAGCACAAGCAGCUGUGUGAUGUUGUCUUGAUAGCAGGAGAUCAUAAGAUCCCGGCUCACAGACUGGUUCUCAGUGCGGUAUCUGACUACUUUGCUGCCAUGUUCACCAGCGAUGUGAGAGAGGCCAAACAGGAGGAGAUCAAGAUGGAGGGGGUGGAUCCAGAAGCCUUGAGAUCUCUGGUCCACUUUGCAUACACUGGUGUCCUUGAAUUGAAGGAGGAGACCAUAGAGAGUUUAUUGGCUGCAGCCUGCCUUCUACAGCUCUCACAGGUCAUUGACGUUUGCUGUAACUUCCUUAUGAAACAACUCCAUCCAUCUAACUGCCUGGGGAUACACUCCUUCGCUGAUGCCCAGGGAUGCAUGGAUUUGCUCAAAGUGGCCCACAACUACACUAUGGACCACUUCCUAGAGGUGAUUCAGAACCAGGAGUUUCUCCUGCUUCCUACGGCUGAGAUCGUCAAACUCUUGGCCAGCGAUGACAUAAACGUACCCGACGAGGAGACCAUCUUCCAGGCUCUGGUGAUGUGGGUGCGGUUCGAUGUUCAGCAUCGCCAGCAGGACCUUGGGUUGCUCCUGGCCUACAUCCGUCUGCCUCUUCUACCCCCACAGCUCCUAGCUGACCUGGAGAACAACAAGAUGUUCUCAGACGACCUGGAAUGCCAGAAGCUUCUAAUGGAAGCCAUGAAGUACCAUCUACUGCCGGAGCGUCGGCCCAUGUUCCAGAGCCCCAGGACCAAACCCAGGAAGUCUACUGUAGGAGCACUCUACGCUGUGGGAGGCAUGGACGCUACCAAGGGAUCUACGACCAUAGAGAAGUAUGACCUGCGGACUAACACGUGGAUCCAGGUGGGGGUGAUGAAUGGCCGGAGGCUGCAGUUCGGGGUUGCGGUGAUCGACAACAAGCUGUACGUGGUGGGGGGCCGAGACGGGCUGAAGACAUCCAACAUGGUGGAGUGCUACAACCCUUUCAACAAUGUCUGGUCCACCAUGCCUCCCAUGUCUACACACAGACACGGACUCGGUGUAACAGUGUUGGAGGGCCCCAUGUAUGCAGUAGGAGGCCAUGAUGGAUGGAGUUACCUGAAUACAGUGGAGAGGUGGGACCCUCAGGCUAGACAGUGGAAUUAUGUUGCCAGCAUGUCCACACCACGCAGCACCAUGGGAGUCACCGCACUCAACGGAAAAUUGUUUGCAGUUGGUGGUCGGGAUGGGAGCUCGUGUCUGCGGUCGAUGGAAUGCUUCGAUCCCCACACCAACAAGUGGAGUAUGUGUGCCCCCAUGUCGAAGCGGAGAGGAGGGGUGGGUGUGGCCACGUACAACAGCUUCCUCUAUGCUGUGGGCGGUCAUGAUGCCCCGGCGUCCAACCACUGCUCCAGACUAUCAGACUGUGUAGAGAGAUAUGAUCCCAAAACAGACACAUGGACCACGGUGUCCUCUCUGAGUGUCCCCAGGGAUGCUGUAGGUAUCUGUCUGCUAGGAGACAGGCUAUAUGCUGUCGGGGGAUAUGAUGGAACGUCCUACCUGAACAGUGUUGAGUCCUAUGAUGCACAGAACAAUGAAUGGACUGAGGAGGUCAAUCUCAACAUCGGAAGGGCUGGAGCCUGUGUUGUAGUUGUGAGAAUACCUUGAGGACUACAACUCCCUACAACCCCCUGGAAUUCCACACAGGAAACAGGAUAUGAUGUCACCACUGAUGUCACUGAGAAUAUGUUUUUCCUUCAGUUUUUCUACUGUAAAGACAAACCUUUAUUGCAUUCCACACAAACCAUAGUUUCUAUCAACAGUGAUUUUCAUUGUCCACUUGGAAGGAUUUUCUCUUUGAUUAUAAUAAUGUACUUUAUCAUAUCUACGGAUCAACAAUCUGCAUUGUAGUGGUUAAAAAAGUAAGAAAUUCUACCACACUUGUUGAUAUGGUUGCUCUGUUAAAAUGCUCUGUCAGAAAAUAAUGUUCUCUAUAUGAUACAAAGAAAGAAAUUACAUUUAAUCCAUAAGAGUCUAAGUCCUGUCUAAGCCAGGGGAGGAGGAUUUUAAGACCCCUUGAAGUAUCAAAAAAAAAAAAAUAUUUGAUGAACAUUUGUAUUUAGCCUUACUGCUAGUAGCCAAUACAAAUCCAUUAAAUAAUAGAUUCACUACAUGGAACAACAGAUAGUCCCCCUCAAAGAACUCUAAAGGAAGUUUGUUCUGAAGUGUCUGUCCCAUAUCUUAGAGAGAUAUAUACGAAAGAUCAGGAAACGUUUUUUUUUUCUCGUUUUUUUUAGGACAGUCUCCAUAUACAGUAUACUUCCAUUCAUUUUUUUCAACUGGUACCGGGGGACCUUCAGACAAGUCUUGUGAGGCCUGUACGUGUUCAUGAGGGUUUCACCUUUCCACAGAUUGGUCAUAAUUAGUGUGUAGCCCAAACUGUUUCGGAAGCUACAGGCAGAAGUUGGCAGUACCGACUUCAGACGAGUCCCAAGACGCUUGUGGGGGUCGUAGAGCCAAACGGAGAACACCAUCGUGUGUGUGAGAGUCUCAUCCUUCCAUACAGGGGUCAUAAUAGAUCGGAUGCUACAUAAGAUUUUGUGAAAAUACACAUUUUUGUGAUCUCAUGGUCUGACAAACACCGCGUUAGCUCUGUCACCUUUCACAGCAGAUGUGGAAGUGCGACAUAGGUGGAUG